AUGACACUUGUUUUUCACAAAAGGCCGAUAUUGCUGAGUGCAAAAACGCUGCAGUCACUACUGGAUAAGUACAGUACUUACUCAGAUGAGAUAAAACCAUCAGGAACAGAUGAGGAAAGGUACGAAGAGUAUCUCAGUGCCGCAAAUUUGCUCUCUGGAAGCAUAGAGACAAUCAAAAUGAGCAGAAACGCUCUUCAGGCAUUGAUAGAUAAAUUGCAAAAAGAAUAUGAAGAAGCAAGAUCUAAGGGAAAUAAAAAAGACCUCACAAUUGAAGUUGAGGAGAUUGAAAAUGACGCGCAAUUCAAUGAAAGGAUUACAAAGGCAAACGAAAUGGUAUAUAUACUAAGUGCCAGAGUCACAGAAGCACGGAAUCACAUGGGAAAACUUGCAAGGAAGAUGGGAAUAACUCACAGAGAGCCCACAAAACAAAAACCUGCAAGAAUAAAUGAAACUCACGCAGAUCAGCAGACCGCAACAGAGUCAACUGCGACUGAGGAAACCGAAGAAGGUUCUUCACAAAAUGACGCCAUUUGGCUCUCGGAAGACAAUUCAAAUUCCGAAAAAAGUAGAGAAGACGAUGAAGAUUUCAUAUGUCGUACUCUCAAACCAAGGCAACUAAGUUUGCCACGAUUCUACGGGGACGAAGAAGAGUUCCCUGAAUUUUGGGCAAUAUAUGAAACGCUCGUUGACCAAAGUAAGGUUUUAAGUACAGUCGAAAAAAUGCUGUUACUUAGAGAUAGCCUCAAAGGGAGAGCAGAAACAGCCAUAAAAGGCAUACAAUUGAUCCCACAAAAUUAUAAGUGGAUGAUUAAUGCUUUGAAAAAGAAAUACGGUAAUAAACCGACUAACAGAGCAAAAAUAGUGCAAAAAUUAAUUAAUUUGCCAGCAGCAAAGAAUGAUGCUGAUAGCUGUAUGAACACGUUCGACAAAAUUCGAAUGCUCAUGAAUCAAAUGGUCUCUGCAGGCCAAAAUAUACCACAAAUGCAAGAUGCGAUGUGGACAGAGAAAAUUUUGGAGAAAUUUCCUUACACUAUAGUGAAAAACGUUCUUGUUACAAUUCAAGAUCAAGAUGAAGUGAAAAUAGAAGAUGUAAUGGAUCAUCUUGAGAAGGAGAUUAAUGCAAAAAAGUUUGUAGACGCACGUUUAAAAGGUCGUGUAAAAUUUGAAAACCAUCCGAACCGAAGACAAUACGGUGUGGAUGUUACAGAACCCCCAAAAUUGGGAAAAAUUUGUCGUUUUUGUGACAACUCAAAUCAUAUAUCAGCGAACUGCCGAACAAUCACUGAUAUCAAAUCAAGGCGAAAUAUGGUGAAAGAAGCCAGACAAUGCUGGAAAUGUUUCUCAGAAGAACACAGCAGUUAUGACUGUCAGAAACCAAAUUGUCCUAAAUGUGGCAAAAUGCACGAUGUAAGCCUUUGCAUUUCCACUUCAAAUGAUGGUACUAGGACAAGAUAUAGCGCUGGUGACCGAUCGCGCAAUCAAAGCUCCUCCAAUACCGUACCAGUUCCAAGAAAUAACACUACUACUCGGAAUCAAUACGGCAAUGGCCGCAAUAAUGGUAACGUCCGCAACAAUCAGCAGACAAAUCCUCAUACAGCUGAUCACAGUACUAACCAUUCAGCCGAAGGUUCCGUGUACAUUGACAAAAGAAAAGAGCAAGUAGUCCUGAUGACUGCCGAAGGAAAUGUUUGGAAUAAUAACACCAGACAAUUCGAAAAACUCCUGUUUUUCUUUGACACUGGAGCUCAAAAAACCAUCAUUAGAGAGCAGACCGCAAGGGAAUUUGGUCUUCCGACUCAGAAAACCGAAAUCUGCACAAUGUCAGGUAUAGGUGGACAUACCGAAAAAUAUCAAACAAACAUUGUCCCCCUCAAAAUCAGCAAUGCCUUUGGCAAGGAGAUCCAUAUGACGAUUCAAACCAAGCCAAUUAUCAGCAAUGGCUUUUCGUCUGUACGUCUCAACGAUGCAGAUAAACAAUACCUCCAAGACAAUGAGAUUUGCAUAAACAAUCCGAGAGUUCGCGGUGAACAUCAAAACCCGCAAAUAUUAGUCGGUCUAGAUAACUAUUACGACCUCGUAAACACAGCUGACACUAUAACUUUGCCAUCUGGAUUACGCAUUGCGCGUACGGUAUUCGGACCAACGGUACACGGCAAAGGGUCAAUCAAUUCGCAGCAAGAAGCGACAACGAUAACACAUGGCCUCAGCCUCGUUCAAGAACAGAAUGAAUCAGAAAUUCUACAGAAGUUGUUCGAACUAGAUGGUUUAGGAAUAUCAUCAGAAGAAUGUACUAAGAACGAAAACACAUUCGAGUACUUCAAAAGCUAUUCGAAAUCAAUAUCGUUUGAAAACGGCGUUGUAACCGUACCCUUUCCCUUGAAAGAUAAUGUCAUCGACCUAACGGAUAAUUACGGAAUAGCGUACCGUCGAUUGAUUUCGUUACAAAGACAACUAUCAAAUAAUAUCCACCAACGUGAGUGGUAUAACAAAAUAAUGAACGAUUAUAUCCAAAACGGAGUUGUCGAAUUAGUCCACGGACAAAAUAAAAAUUCGGCCGGCACUUACUACAUGCCACAUUCCGGAGUUUGGAAGCCAGAAAAGGCAAAACCAUUGAGGAUAGUAUUUGAUGCUUCCUCUAAGAGAGUCGGACAGCUUUCGCUGAAUGAUGUGAUCUACACAGGAGAAUCCUUCGUGAACAAAAUUCAUGAUGUUCUAGUUGCAAGUAGAACCAGUGGAAUUAUUCCUUUAUGCGAUAUUGAAGCAGCUUUCACGCAAAUCAGACUAGUGGAAGAUCAUAAAGAUUUGUGUCGGUUUUUAUGGCUGAAAGACAUGAAUAAGCCUCCAAAUCGAGACAACAUAGCAGAAUACAGAUUCAAUCGGUUACCCUUCGGUGACACCUCGGCGCCAAGUAUUCUUAACAUGGCCAUUCUGGCAUAUUUAAAUCACAAGAAUACUCCGCUCUCACUGGAGAUUGCAAAACAUAUUUAUGUGGACAAUAUUCUCUUAUGCGCCACCACCAAAGAGGAAGCACUAGAAAAAUAUACUGCUUCAAAGAAUAUUUUCCGUGAAAUCGGCAUGAAUUUACGAGAAUAUAUUUCAAACUCUGCUGAAGUUAACAGAGCUAUCCCAAAAGAGGAUAGAGCGCCCACAGACAACAUAAAACUUCUUGGCGUCAAAUAUGACACCAAAUCGGACGAAUUUGUGAUGAAAGUUACAAUUCCACAAAAAGAAAAACUAACCAAACGCGAUAUUGUAAGCCAAAUAAACUCGAUCUAUGAUCCCGUAGGCCUCGCAAGCCCACUGAUUAUCAAACUGAAGUCUCUAAUGAGAGAAAUUUAUGAUACAGGGAUAGAAUGGAAACAAUACGUUCCGCAAGCGCUGUGUAUUAAAUGGAAUUCUGUAAUACAAGAGAUAAACAAUGCAUGUAUAAGGGUCAGUCGACCAUUGCUACGUUCUCCCACGUCUCACACCUCAAGAAUUUCCUUAUGGGUGUUUUGUGACGCCAGCAAAAUGGCAAUAUCGACAUGCGCAUAUCUGAGGUGCGAAAACACUAAUGAGAUCACUUCAUUGAUUAGUGGAAAGAGCAAGCUAACACCAAAAAAGAUCCAGCAGACUAUACCACGCUUGGAAUUGUUGGCUAUCUUAAUAGGACUGCGAAUGGCGAAAACCAUUCUUGAUUCAAUAAACAUUGAAAUUAUUUCCGUAAAUGUCGGCAGUGAUAGCGAAAUAGCACUUCAGUGGAUUAGGUCUUCACGCAAACUUCCGAUAUUCGUGACUAAUCAGAAGGAUCGCAUUUUGAGAUUGAAGACUCAAAUCGAAGUCAAAUCCAUCCCAGUACAUCUAUUUCAUGUUCCAACACAUCAUAAUCCAGCAGACGUUGGAACUCGAGGCACAACGGCAAGCCUCAUCAGUAAUCAUGAUUGGGUGAGAGGACCCAGAUGGCUAGAGCACGACCAGCAAACUUGGCUUAUUCGAUCCAUAGAUAACCUCAGCUGUGAUCAGUUUUACGAAGAAAUAGAGGACAAUCAAGAUGUGAAUGUUGAAACCACAAACGAGUCAGCGGAAUCAUCCCGUUUAAUAAUAGAUCUAGCUCGUUUCUCUCGCUACAAAACAGCUCUUCGAACAUUCUCAGUUGUUGGAAAAUUGCUGAGUAAAUGGGUGAAACGGUGCAAUUACACCAGGUCAACAUCGAUUACGCUAAACGUACUCUCCCUCUAUACAAAUGAAGAUGUCAUUGCUGCGGAGGAUAUGGAGAUCUCUGAGAAACUCAUCUUAGCGGCUAUUCACGAAAACAUCAACGUGCAAAAAUUGCAGAAACGAUUCCCAAAUCAGAAGAUUAUCAGAGACGAAAAAGGUAUCAUUCGAUACAAGUCACGCAUUCAGAACGCCAAUUUGCCAUAUGAUGCAAAAAUGCCAAUUUUCAUUCCGAAUUACUCGGAACUAGCCAGGCUAAUCAUUCAUGACCUGCAUUAUGGAAACGCACACUGCGGCAAAGAACAGACAUUAGCGCUGGCAAGACAACGAUUUUGGAUUCCCCAGCCAUCUAGAAUGAUCAAGAAAUAUCUGCGUACAUGCAUUACGUGUAAGAAAUGCCACGGAUUGCCAUAUGGAGCACCAGAGAUGCCACCAUUACCAACAGAUCGGGUAAUAGUAACCAAACCCUUUGCCAAUGUUGGAUGCGACUAUAUGGGACCAUUUGAGUCAAACGUCAAACAGAAAAUGUACGUCUGUUUAUUCACAUGCCUCACUACCAGGGCUGUGCACCUUGAAGUGGUCGAAAAUUUGUCAGCGGGUGCAUUUUUAAGCAGCUUCAUCCGUUUUAUAUCUCGAAGAGGUGUUCCAAAACUCAUCCGAACUGAUUGCGGAACGAAUUUUAAAUUGGGAUCAAAAGUGAUUGAAAAUUUGUUCCUAGAAAAUGAUGAAAAUGGUAGCUCCGUGAUGAGCUACAGUGCCUCAGAAGGCAUAAAGUGGAUUUUCAAUCCACCUGCUUCACCAUGGAUGGGAGGCGCAUGGGAAAGAAUGGUUGGCUCCGUGAAAAGAUGCUUUCAAAAAAGCAUUGGACGUAAAAAAUUGUCAUUUGAACAAAUGACUACAGUAAUUUCAAGAAUUGAAGCGAUAAUUAAUACUCGUCCGUUGACAAAAGUAAGUGCAACGGAUCUUGAUGAAAUACCGAUAAGACCUAUCGAUUUCCUACAAGGAAAUCUAAAGUACUCUAUUCCAAGCACGCAGUUACAGUGCGGUAAUGGCGAUACAGUAUAUGAUCCCGAGUUGCUUCAGACAGUUGCGCAAGCACAGGAAGCAUUAAUGUUUUCGGAAACGAUCGCUACAGUAUUUUGGGAGCGAUGGAACAAAGAGUACCUUACAUCCUUGAGAGAUAACCAGAGAGUGCUACUAAAACAACCGCGGCAUGUGACAAAUACACCGCAAAUUGGAGAAAUUGUACUUAUUGAGCAAGAAUUUCUUCCACGUGGUAACUGGAUGUACGGCAAAGUACUAGAAACAGUACCAAGUGCAGAUGGUCUUGUAAGAUCAGCGAAACUCCUUACGCCAAACAAAAGAGUUAUCCAAAGACCACUCAACAAGUUGUAUCCCUUAGAAAUACGUAGUUCUGUGGGAGACUCACAUCUAGAACUCGAAAAAGACUCCACUUCUGAGCGGGAGAUACACCAGAAAGAAAGAGUAGAUUCAGCAGAAUCAUCUUCCCGCAGAACUCGUCCAACUAGACAAUCGAAAACACAUGCCUUAAAAGUCAUCCAAGAAUUUGAAAGAAGUCUUGACCGACCUUCUACUUCUUCAAGUAGACAGGUAUCCACAUAUCUACUGAUGGCUAUGUUGGCAUUAUCAACUAUAUGUCCAGUGACAGCGACAGCACAUGAGAACAACUCAAUAAAGUGCAACGAAGGAAGAGUAGAAAUAGUGCCUCCUUCAUCAAGAUUUGAGCUUUGCAUCAACGCAAUGUGCAGAAUUAUGUCUAACGUAUCGAAAUCGUAUAUAUUUGAAUUGGAAAAAUCAUCAUUAGAUGAAAAUAGCACGAUUGCGUUACGCUCUGAAUGGGAGAGCUCAGUGGUCUUCUCGACUAUGCAGUGCGAACCGCCAGACUUUUGCGAAAAAUCGGCCUUGCUGAUGAGCAAAGAUCUUAUAGGUAAUCCUCACUGUUGGCCACUUGGAGCCAUAAUCACCUUAACAGUGUUAGUUUACCUUUCGAUCAAUAGCAUCAUGUUGAUCAUAUGGUUAAUUAAAUGCACACGAAAUGCAAAACGGAAAGGAACUCCGAAUUCCACAUCCGAAGAAGAAACAAUUCCAAUGAGAACAUUCAAUCCACAUCCGAUCAAUAUACCGUCCGCCUUGUUGAUUUGUGUCGCACUCUUGGCACUAGCAAGCAAGGUAAUUACUUGCCAGCAUGGAUAUAUGAGGCAUAGUGUAGAGGUAGUCUGCGAAAAUCGCGGGAACUGCACUUAUAAUUACAACGAGGAAGUUCUAUUCAAUAGCAUCAACUCCAAUCUUUGUAUUCAGCUUAAUCAUGCUAAUAAAACGAUCGGACUUAUAAAGAUACGUUCGAGACCAAUGAAACUGUCCUGUUCCAAAGUUUCAUUAUUCUUCACUAGAGAGACGAAACUCAAGAUCUACCACACAACGAGAUGCUCACAAAUGGGCUCUUGCACUCAGUCUAAGUGCAGUAGAAUUAGGCUGGACGAAGUAAUUCCUGAGUUCAAAAGAGCAUCUCCAUAUCCAGGAUACUCAAUUUGUGGUAGCACAUGCGGCGGUAUAGCAUGCGGUUGCUUCCUACCAUUUCCAGCAUGUACGUUUCUGAGGAUUGCUCAUGUUCCGAAGAAGACGCAGACUGUCUUUGAAGUAGUAAGUUGCAUGGAAUGGCAACCAGUAAUCCAAAUUGACGUCGAUUUCAUGCUUUAUAAUAAAGGAAAGCUGAAAUCUUUCAGUUUACAACCUUAUAUUACACAAAAGUAUGAUGAACUGUCAUUGACAGUCAUUUCUUUGCAAAAACCUCAUUCUCCAUUGAUGGACAAAAGAUUCGCUGUAACCCCAAUGGAGGCUAUGAUGCUACCAGAUCAUUAUCAACUUCCCGUUGAAUGCGAGUCAGAAGCAUCUGCUCUUGAUGCCUUUGUGAACUGCACAAAUCGCAUGAUCUGUUCUUGCGAAAAUAUGGAAGCACCGCAAACAUGUCAGUGUCCACAUGAUUCACUCCAAAAUUUGAGGAAAGAAGUGUCAAAUGUAAUGCCCAUACGCACUCCGUUCACAGAAAUCUUCAGUGAUAGCAACGAAAUCUAUGCGCUCUCCAAGCAAGGAGAGAUCACUCUCGCAAUAGAAUCCAAUUUGCUUAUUGGCGGCACUGAGUUCAUAAUCAAUCAACCAUGUGAGAUCUCGGUUCGUGGGGUCAAAGGGUGCCACAGCUGUAGCGAAGGCGCAAGAAUCGAUUUCCUUUGCAAGUCAUCAAUAAACUCGUGGGUUACAAUACAGUGCGAGAAUCACGUUUUCCCCAUUGAAUGCGGCCCAACAAAUACUUCCGUGCAAGUUAUUUUAGACUUCGAAUAUUCGGUAGUAUCACAAGUGUGCCACACAUCAUGUGAUGGCAAGAAUGUUACCUUUGAUCUACAGGGAACACUCUUGUACCAUCCAAGAAGCAAGAGAAAUUUGCUCUCGCAGACAGAAGUGCAAGAGCUACAUGCAAAGAAUUCAUUACUUGAUUUUGAUCUUCCUGAUCUAAAUCCACUAAUGAAUACCAUAAAAAUGCACUGGCAUAUAGCCCUUACCGCUUGCGCCACAUUGGCUUUAGCCACUGUUGAUUCUCGGAUUCCGAAUAACGACGCCAACGCCAACGAGCCGCAAUGGAACGAUGCCGAUGCUAUCUCCAACAAACUGCAAUGGAACGACUCCACCGCCGCCGCCGACUCCAACAAGCUGCAGUCGAAUGAAGCAAAUAGUGAAACCUAUCGUCCGGUGAUCAUUGGCAUUUGA